UUUAAAGAUGAAGAACUCAGUGUUCGUAUCACUCUUGAUCUCAGCUCUCGUUGUUGGAUUCAUCGUCGUCACUUAUGACGAGGACAGUUUCAUGACUACCAUGUAUACUAGCGGUUUCAUUGGAGACUCUGCCGAUAUUACUGAAGCAGAGUUCCAGCAAGCCUUCUCAGAUUUCUUGGCUAAAUACAGAAAGUCAUAUGUUAACUCCUAUGAGUUCGAGAACAGAUACUUGAUCUUCAGAGAUAACUAUCAAUUGAUUUCCGAUCACAAUCUUAAUUCUGAGCAUAUUGGCUUCACUCUUGAUAUCAAUGAGUUCGCUGACUUGAGAAAAGAUGAGUUCCAAGAUAGAUAUCUUGGCUAUAAAGCUCCUCCUCUGAGCCAUAGAAUUAACAAAAAGCUCGAGAAAAUGAACAGCAUGGAUGACUUCCAACUCCCAUCUCUUGAGUCCCUUCUCGAAUCAAAGAAGACUGAGGAAGAGCCAUUUGAAGACUUCACUUGGGUUGGUACUGGAAAGGUACAAAAAGUUAAGAACCAAGGAUCAUGUGGAUCCUGCUGGGCCUUCUCCGCCAUUGGAGCUGUUGAAUCUGCUUACGCUAUUGCACACGAUACUGAUGCCCUCAACCUCUCUGAACAACAGUUGGUUGAUUGUGCUAGGCCACAAGGAAACCAAGGAUGUCAAGGAGGAUGGAUGGACAGUGCUUUCGAAUAUGCUGAAGAGUCUUACCUCUGUACUGAAGAGGAAUAUCCAUAUAAAGGAAAGAACAAUGACUGCCAACUUACCGAAGCAGAUCUAACCUGUGAGGAUAAAGUGCAUGUCGCUGAUUUCGUUGAUGUCACUCCAAAUUCUAAGGCUGCUUUGAGAGAUGCUCUUGAUAAGGGACCAGUCAGUGUUGCCAUCGAUGCUUCAAGCCCAUUCUUCCAAUUCUACAAGAGAGGUAUUGUCAGAUACUUGUGCGGAACUACUCUUAACCACGGUGUCCUCGCUGUCGGAUAUGGACAUGGAGAUGGACUCUUUAAAUUCUUAGACGACGUCGACUACUUCGUCAUCAAGAACUCAUGGGGAUCAUCAUGGGGAGACCACGGAUAUGUUAAGAUUAGAGCUAAGGAUAAUAAACAUGGAGGUACUUGUGGUGUUCUCCAACAACCUUCUUACCCAGUUGUUGCUUAAGUCAUUAUUCU